AUAGAUAAAACAGGACAUAAAAGAAGGGAGUGAAGUGCUAGAAGUGUGAGACGACAGGGACAAAAGCUUUGUUAAAGAUGAAGGUCUUUGUAACUUCAGUUUUUGUGUGUGUCCUCAUAUCAAGAAUCAAUUGUGAUGGCAAUUCAGUGGACUGGUGUUAUCAUCUACCAACAUGUGAUGAUUCCACCUGGCCAGAUAUUGCCACCGAUUACUGUGCUGGGAGCAGGCAGUCACCUAUCAACAUCGACAAAUCAGCUGCAGCACCUGAUUCCAGCCUGUCGCCUUUCAAUUUUGUGAAUUUUAACAGCAAAUCAUCACUGAAAAGCAUCAAGAAUACUGGCAAGACGGUAAAGGUCAGCUUUGAUAGUGGUGUGAAGAUUUCAGGAGGAGGCCUAUCUGAGGAGUAUGACAGUCUUCAGUUCCACUUGCACUGGGGAAAUGGUGCGUCUACUCCUGGCUCUGAGCACACAGUGGAUGGAAAGCGUUACCCCAUGGAGUUGCAUAUUGUGAACAUGAAGUCAUCAUAUAAUGGAGACAUCUCCCUGGGACUUGCAGACUCCACAGGUCUGGCUGCUCUUGGUUUCUUUAUUCAGGGAAGCUCAGCUCCAGCUAAUCAACCUAGGAGUUGGAGAAAUUUGGCUUCUUAUCUGUCAAAAAUCACAAAGGGAGGUGACUCUGUUGAAAUGAGGCCUGGUAUUUCAUUGGAUGAUCUCCUGGAAGGGGUGGAUCGCACAAAGUAUUAUCGCUACCUUGGCUCCCUGACUACCCCCUCGUGCAACGAAGCUGUGGUGUGGACUGUGUUUAAGGAGCCAAUAGAAAUUAGUGAAGAGUUGAUCGAGCUCUUCAGCAACACUCUACAUGUCUCUGAUAGCUCUUCACCCUUCAUGAGAAAUGUCUACCGAAACAUCCAGCAAGAUCAACCAGUCACAACACAACCUUAAAGUAGCAUCUGUGAGAAAGAUGACAACGACCUAAUGAAUUAGUAAAGCAACUUCAUUAGCUAAAUAUCUUCAUGAUCUGAGCAACUUACAUUUGGUACUAACGGGUCUAAAUCUUCUGUUUGCUAAGUAGGUGAUUUGUUAAUAGGGAAGCUUUUUGUUAACUGGUGUCUUUUUUUUUUUUCAAUUUUAGCCCUGCCUAAGCUGUUUACUACAUUUACUGUGCUAUACAAUUCAGGCCUCUCAGCUAUUCAUGAAUGUCAAUAAAUGACUA